CCAUUUCUACGUCUGACUUCGUCACUCAUAAAGAUCAAAGGCGUCGGUAUUGCUUUCUCUGCAGCUUUCUUGGACUCAUCUCUCACUCUCUUUUACUAUUGGCUCUCCUUUUGCUUCUUCGGUUUCUAUCUAACUUCAUUUUGUAUCUCUGCCUUUCUGAAUCUGUCAAUUUCCCCUGUUCUCUAGCUUCUGGGUUCUGACGAGUUAUCGAAUCCCAGUUUCCCCUGCUUCUAAGCUCUGACUCUUCUAUUUCUUCCCGAUUCGAUUGACGAAAUGGCCAUAAAAACAAUUGAAUUGCUAAAAGGCUGUGCAUCACCAGAAGAGAUAAUGGAGGUUCUGGCAUCGGUGGCUUUAGAAUUAGGAGACGUGACAGAUGAUAUGGAUGCCUUGCAGGUUGUGCCUUUGAAGGGAGCCAUGACCAAUGAAGUCUUUCAGAUAAACUGGCCAACCAAAAACGGUGAUUCUCUCAGAAAAGUUCUGGUUCGUUUGUACGGUGAAGGUGUUGAAAUUUUCUUCAAUAGGGAAGAAGAAAUUCGGACCUUUGAGUGUAUCUCCAAGCACGGCCAGGGUCCUCGCCUCCUUGGCCGGUUCUCCACCGGUCGGGUUGAGGAGUUCAUCCAUGCCAGAACACUCUCAGCUGCCGACCUACGAGACCCGGAAAUAUCGGCUUUAAUAGCAUCUAAGAUGAGGGAAUUCCAUAAUCUUCAUAUGCCAGGUCCAAUUAAAGUUCAGCUUUG